GUGACAUGGUGCCGAAGACAAUAGCUGGCAAGAUUUUUGGUUCAAUAUGCUCCCUGAGUGGGGUCUUGGUCAUUGCUCUGCCAGUUCCUGUAAUUGUCUCCAACUUCAGCCGUAUCUAUCACCAGAAUCAACGAGCAGACAAGCGCAGGGCACAAAAGAAAGCCAGACUUGCUCGAAUUCGUGCAGCAAAGAGUGGGAGUGCUAAUGCCUACAUGCAGAGCAAACGAAAUGGCUUACUGAGUAACCAGCUGCAGCAGUCCUCCAGUGAAGAAGAACAGGCCUUUGUUAGCAAAUCUGGCUCUUCCUUUGAAACGCAGCACCACCACCUGCUUCACUGCCUGGAAAAAACUACGAAUCACGAGUUUGUGGAUGAGCAAGUCUAUGAAGAGAGCUGUAUGGAGGUUUCCACAGUCAACAGACCCCCCAGCCACAGCCCCUCUCUCUCGUCUCAACAAGGUGUUACCAGCACUUGCUGCUCGCGAAGACAUAAAAAGACUUACCGCAUCCCAAACACCACCAUCACUGGCAGCCGCCCGGGCAGCGUACAAGAGCUCAGCACCAUCCAGAUCAGAUGUGUGGAGAGGACACCUCUGUCUAACAGCCGUUCCAGCUUAAAUGCCAAAGUGGAAGAGUGCGUUAAACUAAACUGUGAGCAGCCUUACGUCACUACAGCAAUAAUUAGCAUCCCGACACCUCCUGUCACCACACCCGAAGGAGAUGAUAGGCCAGAGUCUCCCGAAUAUUCGGGAGGAAACAUUGUCAGAGUAUCUGCUUUAUAAAAUAAGGAAUUAUUUAUAAAUUAGCAUAAAGACCACUUGCAAGCUGAGCUCGAGCAGCGAGAAACGAGUCGCAAGGAAUGAGAGAGCUGAAAUAACAACGCCCCUUGACGCGUGCGCCAGCGGCCGCAGAGCAAAAGAUCCCGGAGAAACAAAACACUUUGUGGGUUUCGGUGUCAUAGCGUGUGAACCAAAAGGAGUUUCUUAGCCCUUGUCCGAACUGACGCACGGUGGAAUCUUCUGUGACCAUCCUGACUUACUAUAUGAGCACAAUGAAAUGUCCCCAUUGAUGCUUCUUCUUAACAUGAGAGCUCUUUUUAAAAAAAAAAAAAAAACAAAACAAAACA